GAGCACUUGGCAGCGUGCGGUUUGGCUGCUGCGCGACGACGCGUCCGUCUCAGCGGAUCACUGGCAGUGCACCUCUGCGAUCAACCUUUGCGCCAAGGCCUCGGCCUGGCAGCGGGCCUUGCUGGUUCUCAGCGAUGCGAUGCGGCGGGGGCUGCGACUCACUGCUGUGGCCUACAAUGCCGCCAUCGACGCGUGCGGGCGGGCGAAGCGGUGGCAAGCCGCCGUGGCGCUGUUCGAAGCCCUGCGGUGCAGCCCGGUGCAGGAGAGUGUGGUGUCCUGCGGCGCGGCAGUCAGCGCCUGCGGAAGGUCCGGCGCCUGGCAGAUGGCCCUACACCUUCUGGAGGAUGCCGAGGCGGGGCCACCAGAAGCAGCCCCCAACGUCAUCACCUACAAUGCAGCUGCCAGCGCCCUGGAGAAGGAGGGGGCGUGGGAGCCCGCCGUGCUCCUGCUCCAGCGAAUGGCCAAGAGGGGCCUCCGGUGCGACGAGAUCACCCUCAACUCCGUCAUGGGCGCCUGCGCCAAAGGGGGCCAAUGGCAACUCUCCCUUCUCCUGCUGGCGGACCUUGCCCACCAGCACCUCUGCCCCAACGCGUUCCACUACGCCACGGCCGUCCACGCGUGCGCGACCGCCGCGGCCUGGGAAUCGGCCCUGGAUCUCUUCGAGGCCCUGGUGGCAUCGCAGCUGCCGGUCACGCACGGCGCGUACAGCUCAACCAUCACGGCCUGUGGGCGGGCCGAGAGGUGGGACUUCGCACUUUUCCUGUUCCGUGGAGCCCAGCGCCUCGCGGAGGCCUCCCUGGUCACCUCCAACGCCGCCAUCGGGGCGUUGAGCCGAGGCCAGCAGUGGCAGCAGGCGGUGUCGGUGCUGGCUGGGAUGGAGGUGGAAGCCCUGGACCCG